UUGCAAUGAGCGAAAUCGAUAGUGUUAAUAUAGCUGCAACUUCCAAUAGCCAGUCGGCUGACCAGCAGAUUACCUCCCAGUUGACCCCUAGGCUGGACAGUGGGUUGGUAGACAGGAUAGGGUUUGUGUUGGCUGCCUGCGAGACUGAUGAACAACUUGAAAAUGCGGUGAACAAGUAUUUGCUCACUCUGCUGGUCAAUGUGUCGACCGAGGAGGUGGAUACAAGAACCAAAGUGAUGGAGAUUCUAGUGCAUGUGAACAAACGCAUCAAAUCUCAUACCGGUGUGUCCAUACCAGUGAGGCAACUCAUCUCUCAAUUUCAACAUACAAAAGUUGCAAUGAGCGAAAUCGAUAGUGUUAAUAUAGCUGCAACUUCCAAUAGCCAGUCGGCUGACCAGCAGAUUACCUCCCAGUUGACCCCUAGGCUGGACAGUGGGUUGGUAGACAGGAUAGGGUUUGUGUUGGCUGCCUGCGAGACUGAUGAAAAACUUGAAAAUGCGGUGAACAAGUAUUUGCUCACUCUGCUGGUCAAUGUGUCGACCGAGGAGGUGAUGGAGAUUCUAGUACAUGUGAACAAACGCAUCAAAUCUCAUACCGGUGUGUCCAUACCAGUGAGGCAACUCAUCUCUCAAUUUCAACAUACAAGUGCCACGCUAUUUUUCAAGAAUUUUGCAAUAGUCUACAUCAAAAUGGGUUUCCAUCGUCUCUCAUAUCCUGAAAAAGUGUGCCUGAUGCCAGAUCUACUCAAAUGUCUCAAUAAUCAACAAUUAAGCCACAAAUGGGCUUUGAUGACGCUUUUUGUAUCUGUAUUCGGAGACGCCAGCUUCGAGCCACAAGUCAAAAUCAGUCCUGUGAAAGAACCGAAAACGGUCGAGUCUCAAAUUGAUCCAAGCAACGUGCUGAAUGAGCACAUAGUCAAAACUAUGACAAUGGAAACUCUUCGUUUUGUGACCCAGUUCUUUACUGAUGUUCUCUUGUUGCCUUAUGUCAGAAAUCCGGAUCAGGAUAAUAUACCGGGAGGAUAUUCAAAGAACUCUUUCAAAGAUGUUUGCCAGAAUUUAGAUACGACUUUCACCGAAGCUUAUUUGGAAAAGGUCAAAAUAGGAAUUGUGCGGCUGCUGUUCAACAGUGAAUCGACAAGUGAGCUCAAGUUCUCUCCUAUCCUGUUGGCUUCAGCCGAUUCACACUUCGCUGUGAAUGACGUUGCCGAGAAUGCACUGCGACUACUCAACGAGUCAGUGGACUUCAACAGCCUCAAAUUAGUUCAGAAACUGUGUUUGAUGUUCAGCGGAGAUAAACGGCCGAAAACUCCUGCUGAUGACAAAACUACCCCCGUGAAUACAAAAAUGAAGCUGAAAAUCCUCCCAGUGCUACUCAAAUCAAGAGUAGUGACUAACCAGGCUAUAGAUGUAAUCUCUCUCGUGUUUGAGUCGUGCUUCGGAGUUGGAGUGACGAACAAGUUGCGUCAUUCAGCGCUGCUGUUUGUUCAUCAUGUGGCCACUUUUGCGUCUGACGUCAGUUUGAAGACAGUCGGACCACUGAUGAAGACGGCGUGCGUGAAACUAUUGGGUGAGACAUUGGAUCCUCCAGUGGAUGGAAAAACACUCAAUUAUGCCACAAUGGCUAUCGCAAAACUGGCCGCAAGGAAACCAGACCUCAUGAGAAAAGACCUCAAUCUACUCGAGCAGUUCUUCAACAGAUUGCACGAGGGUGAUCGAGAUCAAAAGAUGGCCCUUCAAGAGUCUCUGGCAGUUCUAGCCCCAGUCUACUCCAACCUUGAAAGUGAAGAAGAGUUUGAGAGAAUGCAGACUAUUUUGGACUCAGUAGUGCAAUUGAGGGACAACUCGUCUGUGAAGCAGAUUCUUAUCAAGUACAUCCUCAGCUGCUUCCCAAUGCACCAUGUCCCAUCCAGGUAUUUCCUAUUGGCCAUAACAGAUACAUCCGAUGAUGUGUUUUCUCUACUUGUGGCCAAAGACAAACCAAGCGCCUCCUUCGAAACGUUCCUAGAACACAUCAAAUCAAACGAAAAAGUCCCCCUUAACAGUCUAACUGCAGAACACAUUGAACGAGUAUGUCACUACUUAAGACAUUGCCUGAUUAGCCGAGUGGAUAAAACUGCAGAUCUGAAAUGCGAAGAUUUGAAGCUACAGACGCGAAUUUUAAGCAAGGCAAUUGAUGAAGAGUCAAAAUCUGGAAAAUUUUAUGCCGCUUUUCUGAUGAUUCAAGCCGAGAGAAAUCAAACGCCAAGAAUGUUUUUCUACUUAACUGAGAUUUGCCACGUUUCGAAAUCAGUUUGCGAGGAUAUUUUUGCGAAGAGAAUAAACUGGGCGAGAAGUGUUACUGUUUGUUUUUCGGAUGCGUUGCGACUAGCCAGUACGGAGUAUUACGGAACUCUGAAGGCGUGUAUUGGGGAGAGCUUUACUGAAAGUGAACUGCAAAUCUUUAACGAAGUGAAUGAUAAAAAUGCGGAAAGAUUCAGUGCAACUUGUCUCUCGUUGGCGUUUUAUUUAGCUCAUAAGAAGCGAGUAGAGAAUGUCUUGGACGAAGAUAUGUGCAAGAAACUAGUGGUUCUUUUGAGCAAAAACGAUUCAAAGAGAGUGUUCGAUGCAGCAGUGGAAGCUCUGGCCAUAGUGUUCACUGAAGGAGACAUGAGAGAAAUAGUGGAGAAGGAAGCAGAAGAGAAGUUGUUUAAAGACAUUGAGGCUAUUCUGGGGUACACUGAUGCUGUACAUCUCAAGCGGAAGGAGAACGUGGUGAACUUCUUGGGCUCCUCGUGUAUGGGUUUGACCUGUGCCGACAGUGAGUAUGCGAAGAGAAGCAUAGAAGUUCUGCUCAACUCCAGCAAGACCAAACAGCACGACGUACAACCAGUUGUGGGCUCGAACUUGGUCAAGUGUGCUCUGGGCCCCAAGUAUCCUUGCUGGAGGAGCUGGCUAGAGGAGCCAGAGUGGAGAAAGCCAAUCACAGAUGCCGAUGGGGAGGGGGAGGGGGAGGGUGAAGGGUUUGGAGAGAAGAGAGGUGGUGACUUGAUGGGUCACUUACUGGACAGGAUCAUCAAGGACUACAGCAACAGUGCAGUGCCUCAUGUACCACAGACAUGUGCCUACUGGUUGUCCGAGAUCCUGAGCAACUGUCCUCCUCACAGUGCAAUUCAGACAAGAGCGAGACAGCUGCAGGCCAGUUUAAUGCAGCUGCUGUCCAAUAAGAACGAAACAGUUCAGGAUCUGGCCUCAUCGGCCUUGUCCAGUCUGUUCCACGUCUGUGGGGAGGAGGAGAAGCAGAGAUUGAUUGAACACAUGAUGGGAAUGUUCAUGGACGGGGGCACCGGAGGAACCAACCAGAAGAGCAACAAAGUCAAAAUCACCUCGGGAGACGAAGAGAUCUUUUCUGAGGGCGAGGUUGGGAAGACUCCUAGUGGUGGAUCCAUCUCAACUUACAAGGAUCUCUGUUCUCUGGCUACCGACAUGAACAAGCCAGACUUGGUCUACAAGUUCAUCUCCCUAUCCAACCACAACAUGAUGUGGAAUUCACGCAAGACAUGUGCCUACUGGUUGUCCGAGAUCCUGAGCAACUGUCCUCCUCACAGUGCAAUUCAGACAAGAGCGAGACAGCUGCAGGCCAGUUUAAUGCAGCUGCUGUCCAAUAAGAACGAAACAGUUCAGGAUCUGGCCUCAUCGGCCUUGUCCAGUCUGUUCCACGUCUGUGGGGAGGAGGAGAAGCAGAGAUUGAUUGAACACAUGAUGGGAAUGUUCAUGGACGGGGGCACCGGAGGAACCAACCAGAAGAGCAACAAAGUCAAAAUCACCUCGGGAGACGAAGAGAUCUUUUCUGAGGGCGAGGUUGGGAAGACUCCUAGUGGUGGAUCCAUCUCAACUUACAAGGAUCUCUGUUCUCUGGCUACCGACAUGAACAAGCCAGACUUGGUCUACAAGUUCAUCUCCCUAUCCAACCACAACAUGAUGUGGAAUUCACGCAAGGGUGCGGCUUUUGGCUUCUCCUACUUGGCAGAGCAGGCGUCGGCUGAGUUGGAGCCACACCUGCCGAAACUGUUGCCGAAGCUGUUCCGAUACAAGUUUGACCCCAACCCUCAAGUGAGGGAGUCUAUGGGCAGGAUAUGGAGUGCACUCUCUUCCAAUCUAAAAGAUACGAAAAUAUCAGCCCAGGUUGAGAAGUAUGCAUGUGAGAUCUGUGUGGAGCUGCAGACCUCGCUCGAGAGCAAAGAGUGGAGGAGUAGAGAGGCUGCAUGUCUCGCUCUCAGUGACUUCGCCUCCCACCUCUACUCUCCUGCCUGUUCCCAUUUCAUCAGGGACUCAUGGACACUCUGCUUCGACAGGUGUGACGACAUCAAGGAUUCCGUGCGUGUUGCGGGAGAGAAGUGUCUCUCUUCUCUGAGCAGAGCAGCAAUCAAGUGUUGCGGGGCAGACAGCGUGCUGGGACCCCAUGCCAAGUCUCAAGUGGUGUCCACUCUAGUUCCAGUACUAGUUGAGAACGGACUGGCGGCUAAGUUGAAGAUAGUCUCCGACACCAGUUUGAACGCAAUAGUGGAAUUGUGCGGGGACGAGAGGGCUGGGGUAUUGAAACCCCACCUGGCCCAGAUGAUGAGUGCCUUGCUGGACUCUCUGAGUGACACAGAGGCAUCUGUGCUCAACUAUGCCAGUAUUCGGGCAGGCGAAGGAUCUCAGAUACAGACCGCGCUUGAUUCUGCGCGUGCCUCCUCCGCGCGAGCUUCUCGACCUAUGGACUGUCUCGUCAAACUGACCAAUCAGAUAGACCAGUCCAACAUCGAUGAAGUUAUCAGUGUGUUGUGUUCAACUGUCCAAUCAGCUGUCGGGUUCUCAACCAAAACAGGCGCAGCCCACGUGAUCACUCUGAUGACGUUCAACUGCGGCAGAGAGAUUGUGGAGCCACAUGCUAACAAACUGGUGAAGAAGAUGACCAGUCGUCUGAUGGACAAGAACGGAGUGGUGAGGGGAGUGUACAGCAGUGCCAUCCCAAAUGUCCUCAAGGUGUCCAGAUCAGCAGUGGCACACAAGUACUUCUCCAAAAUACACACUUGGACCAUAGAACAACACGAUCUACCGACUCAGCUGACGUGUGCCAAAGCACUCUCCGAUGCAUGCAGGAACUGUCCAGAUGUAGUCAGUGAACACUUGAACCUAGUUGCUCCUCUCUCUUUUAUGGGACAGGUAUUUGUGAGUCAACAGGUGGAACAGUCGGGUGACCAAUCAGAGAAGAGUAAAUUAGAGGAGACGAAAGAGCUGUAUGGGUCUGUAUGGACCAGCGUCGUCACAGGCACGUUGACUGGUCUCAAACUAUAUCUGGACGAAGUCAUCACCCUUUGCGAGACACUUUUUGACAGCCAAUCGUGGGACCGCAAAGCUCAGGCAGCCUCCGCGAUAACCUCAAUCGCCAAAAACCUCCUGGGCUCGCAAGAAGCACAAAACAGUGAUGUGAUCAAGCCUCAGAUGGUUAAUAAAUUAGUGAAGCUGCUGGUUAGUAAUGCAAGUGGUAAUCGGUUCUGGAGAGGGAAGGAGUUGGUUGUGAAGGCGUUGGGGUCUGUUUGCGAAUCAAGUGCAACUUUGAUCAUCAAACAUCCUGAAGAGAUGCGUCAUACAAAAGAAGAGAUUUGGGACAUAGUGUAUCAGCAAUGGAGUAGAACCACGGACCGACACUUGGACUGUGCUUGUGUCGCUUGUGUGGCCUCUCUCACUUACCACUUUCAAAUGGACCAUACCCACCUAGAGCGAGUUGUGCAAUUAUCUGCAGAGAAACUACAGAAGUAUUUCUCUGCGAAGGAAGACAGAAGAAUUGACGAUGACAGUAACGACUCAUCAAAUGCAAAAGUGCCUCUGAUCAAGUUACAGAAACAAACCAUCCAGGCACUGGCUUCUGCUUUUCCUGGAAAAGACCACUACUUAAUAUCUACAUCCCUCAUGCAGACUAUAUGCGACAUAUUUAUGGAAUAUUUGCACAAAUGUGGGGACAAAACAGCGGUCAAAGUAGGAAUCGAUUCGCUGGAAUCGAUCUGGAAGAAGUUUGAUAUGGAUGGGAAUAGCUGUGAAGAGUAUUCUACAGUUUGGCUUAAGCUGGCUGAGAAAUUGACCGAAGCAUAUUCAACUGUGAUCACAACAGAUAGUCUCAGAACAGUGUUCCUGUCUCUGCUAGCACAAAUAGUGUCGAAAGCAGAUAAAAAGCAGCUGAACGAUCCUCUGGAAUCUUCAAUAUUAAAAUUGGUGGUCCCUUUGCAGUCCUCACACAAACAACACCCACUGAUGACUCAACAUAUCAGCAACAUACUGAAGUUUAUACAAUCACAUGACUAACUGAUUAGUUGGUGCUAGAGUUUAGUGUUUUUGGGAUUUCUCUUAGAACCCCCUUUCCGCCUCCUAUAAAUGACUAUUUCAGCGAUGGUUAAGCAAACAUUAUUCACGUUAAGCAAAGACGGGGAGAAAUCCUGAAUUAAGUAAAUUCUGCUUAUGUACUAAUUGAUUCUAAAAUACAAGCAGAUUUAACGCGCAAAUCGGAUUUAGUCGUUAUUUAAGUUAAUGGAAAAACCUAAUAAUCAGAUGAAUUAUGUUUUGGGAUAGUGAUUUCAGCAUAUGUAUAUAAAUAUAAACUGACAUUAA